AUCAGGAAGUAAUUCCACUGUCAUCCUUCACCUUUACAACUCAAACUAUGUGCACAUGACACAACACGUACAUCUUAUUAUGGAUUUACAACUCGAACUUUCCCAGAUACGCUCAAUAUUAUUGUAGUGUUUAGACUCUGCAAUCAAAGUUUAAUGGGUCAGGCUUUCAGAGAAAUUGAGGACAUACAGUAAACCCACAUGUCUUCAAUGGCGGGCGUUGAGCUGGUUCGCACGCCGGUGCAGCUGUACCGCUAUCUGCUGCGAUGUUGCAAACUCCUGCCAACAACAGCCAUGCAAAAACACUACCAACACGCCAUCAGACAGAGCUAUAACAGUCACGCGGAUGAAGAUGAUCCAGAAAGGAUUCAGAUGAUCAUUCAAAGAGCCAUAUCUGAUGCUGACUGGAUAUUAAAUAAAUAUACCAAAAGGAAGUGACCACUGUGGAGAAAUGUUCAUCAAGCUGACUCAGAACUGCUAAGGUCAUUCACAGUCUGCUUAACACCUCAUAAUGAAACUGAAAUCAUACCCAGGGAUAUACAUAAACACCACAUAAUCCCGGCCAUAUAAACAUUAUGGAGUAUAACAACCAGCUGAUGUUUCCUUGAUAAGCUUUUUUAAGAGUUCUGAUAAGUCAUAGACCUACAGUCGCACAUUGCAUUUAAUGUUUAUUUUGUACAUUUUAAUGAAAUGUUAAUAAAUACAUUUAAUAUUU